AUGGAGCCCCUAAUUGGUCCAGCCACCAGGUGUGUCGACAUCUCCUGGGGUGUCAAGUUCUCCCGAGAAACCCUGCCCGCCGGCUUCUUCCCCACCAUCGGGUGGGAGGGGGCUCAGUGGGUGUCCUUGAAGGGCUUGGAGCCAGCGCUGGAUUGCCGGGAGAGUCAUUCCUCCUCCGAGCACCGCGAGCAGACGACCUGGGACGAUGAGCUGCGGAGAGUGUUCAGCACGCGGGCCAUCGUGCCCCGUGCCUCUCCGCCGGGGGACCUGGCCACGCGGCUUUGCCUGAGCCACACGCCACCCAUCCGCAAGCUGCUCCAUUCCUACGAAGAGCUGCGGGAGGGGCUGGGCCACCCCCCCCUGCGCCCAUGUCUGAACUACCAGCUCUGCGAGGAUCCCGGCAGGCUGGAGGCCGCCAAGGGCCCCCGCGGGAAGAAGAAGAAGAGGGUGGUCUUUGCCGACAUGAAGGGCUUCUCCCUGACAGCCGUCCGGAUCUUCUCCAAGAUCGAGGAGGACCUGUGCGACCUGCAGCAGGCGCUCUCCCACCUGACCGGCUUCCGGAACAAGCUGCGGGGCGCCCGCCCCGAAGCGAGGAAAUAUAUGCUGGAUUUCCCCCAGCCUUCGGCUGACUACGCCGCCUUCCGCAGCCGCCUGCAAAGCACCUUUGUGUCCCUGGAGAACUGCCUGAUCCAGGAAAGGUCUCUUUCGGGGACAAUCAAGGUCCAGAACAUCGGUUUCGAGAAGGAGGUGUUCAUCCGCAUCACCUUUGACUCUUGGAAGAGCUUCCAUGACAUUUGCUGCCAGUACAUGCCUAACACAUACGGCUACACUGACACGGAUGUGUUUGCCUUCGAGGUGGCCCUCCCCAAAGCCCCAGCUCCUUCCGGAACCAUUCAGUUCUGCAUUUCCUUUCGCUGCCACCAAAACGUCUACUGGGACAACAAUCAAGGGAAGAACUACCAGGUGAGGCCUGUGAUGGGCCCUUCUCCACCAGGUGUGCUGUCCCGCCUGGCAAAGAGCGCGGUCGGUGCCAGGGAGCCCUUGGGCACCUCUCGCGCCGCAGCUCUAGUCCUUUCCCGCUUGCAGACCUGGCGGCGUUCAGACAACCAAGCGUACUGGUAG